UUACCACCCCGAGAUGUGGUCGACUUCCUGGUGGCAACCUUUUUUCGGUCUGCCCAGGCAAACCAAUUUUACAUCCACCCUGAGAUAUUCUCGCGAAAGCUGACCGCCCUAUACGAUGGCACGAAUGAGUUUGACCUGCUGAAGGCAUCUGACUCGAAGCGUUCCAGCGAGUUCAUUUGCCUCAUGUUCAUGGUGUUUGCCAUUGGCAGCCAAUUUGCCGAAGUCGCAAUACCUAACGCGGACGCGGGUCGAAGGGAUACUGAGGAUCAGUUACCGCCGUUCGCUUCGGCGAGUCCCGGCAUGCCAGCUCUCGACUUCUCGCGGCUGAACGUUCCAAAGCCGUCGCAGUCUCCAGGCUGGCAUUUCUACGAAAUCUCGCGCAAAUUGCUUCCCGACGUCAUUGUCUCAUCAUCCAUGACAAGUGUACAAGUGUGCGUCCUUCAAGGCAUAUUUCUUCCCAGCGCCAAGAGCAGGGAUGCUGGCUACAACCUUCUUGGGCUCGCACUCAGGAUGGCAGUGAACAUGGGCAUGCAUCGAUCCUUUGGGACCGAAUCUCUGCACCCGCACGUUCGAGAACUUCGAAACAGGCUCUGGUGGUCUGUCUACGUCGCGGAACGUAUGUUUUCAGUGGAAAUGGGUCGUCCUUUGGCAAUCAAUGAUGCCGAGAUCGAUGCUCCUCUUCCAGUGGACAUUCCUGAAUGGGGACAUUUAACCGGAAGAUCACCAACAAAUGACGGCCUCAUCGCCAUGAUUAAACUCUGCCAUUUGAUGGGGAAGAUUGUCAACAUCGUC